GUUUAUGUUUGACCGUUGUUUACUGUGCUGUGCAGCAACGCGCCCGCCACAGCUCGCACGUUUUAGCUACGAGACGACGCCUUCGUGAAGCGCACCACUUUUGGGAUUCCAUCUUUCUUUUCGUUUGUGUACCAACUACUUACUGGUCCUGGUCCUGGGGGACGAGCUUGGUUUACCCGCGGGAAAACGUUCCAAUUUUGUUUGCCUCCUUAGGCUGCCUUAGGUAGUUUCAGUGAAUUUUUCGAAACAAGUGAACAAAAGUUUAGUGAACAAACGCGCCUUACAGUUGAGGAUUAUUUGGCGACCGUCAAAAAAAACCGAGUGAAAAUUUCGCGCUUAUACUUCAAACGCCUCAAGCCGCCGUCAGGAUCGAAAAUAUCCUGUCGUGCUGUACACACACAUACAUCCGCAUAUCGAGAUAAAAGGCACCCAUACAUCGGCAAAUAGGUAGCUGGCGAGCCACGCAGAAGUGCCGAGAAGAAAGGAUCUAUCCCACUAUCGGAGAAUAGAGAGUAGUGAACCAUAUCCUGGAGAAGGGAAAAAUUUCCAAUCCAGUUGGGCUGUGAACAAAAAAAACAAGACGGGGGAAUAGUAUUUUUUAUGCUCCUGAAAAUCCAGCAGGGAUAAAAGAAAUUAGCACUAUUGGUUUUCAAUCCAUUGAUUUUCCAGGACCCGUGAUAUUUCGCGGAUUCUCAAAGUGUUCAAGUGUUCCACAAACAAGCCCACCUAAUCAGUGGCUUGGGUACGAUUUUGAGAGUUUUUACGAGUGAGUGAAGUGAAAAAGCCUGAAACCUGAUAACGAAUCGAAGGGAUCAAAACUGCACCUGGUGGUACUUUAUCGUGCGGUUAAAAUUAGAUGCGGAAUUCAACAGCUUAGGAAACGCAAAUCGGAAGCUUCCAUUCCAGAACCAACACAUCAAAACGAGGAUUAUUUGAUAUUGAACCGAUUUUUCCCGGCCGGUAAGACUCCUAUUUGGUACAUCUCAUCUUUCAAACAACUCAGGUUAAUCAGAUUUUCCAGGGAAACAUUGAUCUAAUUAUUUCAGAAGGAGGACCAUCAAACAGCAAACGAGGACCACGCGAGACUAGGGUUUUGUUAGGAGUCUAGGGAAAAUAGCUCCCCCUACCCAAAAAUAACGAUUCAUAAUUCAUAGAAGCCGGUUAGAAGUAAACUAGAAAACAAGAAGGUUAAUCACAAAUUCAAAUCAUAAAAAUGGGUGAAACCGACGAGAAGGAAACAGCGCCGCCAACGGCAACAGAGAAAACUACCACCGAAUCACCGGUCAUCACAGCCGAUGUCCAGGAACAAGAAGCCGACCCGAAGGAAACCGAAAAGCUGCUAGCCAACAGCGAAGAGAAGACUGACGAUGGCAAAGAGACAGACAAACCUGCAGAAGAGAAGAAAAAAAGCAGCAGCGAGAACGUGAACGGCGCUAGCGAAGAAAUCGUCAACAUCCCAGACGAAGCUUCAACGGAAACCGUCAAAGUUGAAGACGAGAAAGCCAAAACCGACAAACCCAACAAAGUGCAAGCCGAAGAACGUGAAGUCAAGCCCAAAAAGGUACCAGCCGGAGCGUUCAAGCUGCCAGGUUUCUUCAACAAAGGCAAAGUCAAGGAAGCGGAUGGAGCCGAUAACGAACUGCUAGAGAAGAACGAUGCCGAGAAGGAAGCCAAACCAGCUGAAACCGAAGAGAAACCGAAACGGGCAGGCUUCUUCGCCAACCUUCGCUUGAGAAAUCCCUUCGCCAAGAAACAAGCCGAACCGGUGCCAACCGAUGAAGAGAAGGGCAAACCGGAAGAGGAAGAGAACGAUGAAGUCACUGCCGAAGCCACCGACAAGAAACCAGAUGAAGAAACACCCGCCGCCGAAAAGAAGGAAGAAGAGGCUACCCAAGCCCCGAAGAAAGGUCUGCUCCAAACCCUAAGAGUCCCGCUAGCCAGUAUAAUUCCGAAACGAUUCAAAGCCGGAGCCAGCAACGAAGAAGCCGAAGACCUGGAACUCGGCAAGAGACCAAAGAACCGUGCCGGACUCGCUUCGAUGGAAACGCUCGACGAUUCGAUCAAGGAUACGGAAACGAAGGACACUGUCGAUAAACCAGCGGCUGCCGCUGGAGCGAAUGGAACUGAUUCGGAGGCGCUAGUCAAACCGGAGGAGAAGAAGGACGGUGAAAAGGACGAAGCAGCGGAAGUGCCACCCUCCAAAUAUCCGUUCCUGGAUCGCGUUCGGAACUAUCGGUGUACAGUUGACGACAUUGCCAUAAUCGGAGGAAUCAUCGUGUUCCUGCUACUGCUCGCGCUGAUCAUUGCCUUCACCUUCAUCGGCAAAAGUGAACCCAUCACUGCUCCGGUUCGGGAUGGCAAAUACAUCGAAACGGUUACGUCUUGCGGCAAGGUCGAAGGUAUUCUGGAAGAUGGAGCUUUUGCAUUCCGAGGAAUUCCCUAUGCGGUGCCACCGGUUGGUGAAAAUCGUUGGAAGGCAGCUCAACCGAUUGAGAACAUCAACUACUGCUGGAACGAUACGCUAAAGGCUCACAACUCGACCCCGGUUUGCUGGCAAUUCUAUGCCGAUGGAAAGUACGAUGGUGCUGAGGACUGCUUGACCUUGGAUGUGAUCACUCCCCAUGUGCGCUACGACAAUCCUCUGCCAGUUGUGGUACUGAUCGGAGCCGAAUCGUUCACCGGAGAUUCACCUGGAAAACUUCGUCCAUCGACUCGGUAUGCUCGUGCUCGGGAUGUAAUCUUCGUACGUCCGAACUUCCGCUUGAACGUGUUCGGUUUCUUGGCUCUGGAGCAAUUGACUAAGAGUGCUCAUCCUCCGACCUCGGGUAACUAUGGACUUACCGACAUCAUCGCGGCUCUCAAGUGGAUUCAGCUUAACAUCCUUCACUUCGGUGGAGAUCCCAAGUCGGUGACUCUGUUCGGACAUCGUGCUGGUGGAACUAUCGUCGCUGCUCUCGCUUCAUCCAACAAAACCUCUCAGUUGUUCGCUCGUUCGUGGAUCUCUUCAGCUGGAUCGAUCUACCCUGGAAACCCUCUGUCCGAUUCCGAGAAGGCCAAUACUGCGUACUUGGGACGCAUCAACUGCGAGACUGCCAAGUGCCUACGUGAGAAAGAAGAUGAGGAUGUUCUGGAUGCCGUUCCGGAUACCUGGAGACGAAUCUUCCCGGAUCUACCAGCUGUCGAUGAAAACACCACCGCUAACCACGACUGGCUUGUUCUAGAUGGACACAUUCUGCAGCAACAUCCUGCCGAUGUCUGGAGCACUGAAACCGGAAAGCUCAAAUACGUCAUUGGAACUACGGCACAUGAAAGUCAUUCCGAAAAACUGCACCUCAAAUACACCGAAUGGACUCCGGAACUGGUAACCAAGCACAUCAACGAAAGCAAGAUUGGAGAGCUCGGCCUGACCGAGGAAGCCCUCAAGCGAUACAACGCCACCUACCAAGGUCUGGUUAGCAUGAUCUCCGAUAUCCGAACCGUGUGCCCUCUGUUGACGAUUUCCCAGAAACUCCUGACCUCACAGUUCUACGUGGUGACUCAAACCGGUGGUGAGCUAGCCAUUGCCGACGUCGACUCCGACAUUCAAGCCAUCCUCGGACGCUACGAACCGAAGACUCCCGAACAACGAAGAUACGUUUCGGCCAUCCAGCAGCUGUUCUACCACUACGUCUCCCACGGAGAGAUCAAGCACGAACUGCGGCGGCAACUGCUGGACAUCGGUCAAGACGCUCUACCCACCUACAGCAGAGACAACUGCGACUUCUGGAUCAAAAACGAUGUUGUUCCGCGAUACGCGAGGUUAGACUAAGAUGGUGAAUGUGAAAAUGAGAAGAAAAAAACGGUGUGGUCGUGUAUUGUUCUAAGUAGGUAAAGCUAAGCAGAUACAAAAUUAGAACAGAACCAGUUAUAUAAAUUAUUAUGCUCCUCCAUUUUUACGACGGCAAGGGAGCGAAACUCUUUUUGUUUGCCUAUUAGCAAACCAUUUUAAGGCCAACAGUUGGACCGUUUUCCUGCUUCCUACGAAUGGUGGCUUUUUUGAUACGAAAAGUUUUUACAUUCGCCAUUUUUUGCAGGCGACAGCUCUCCUCCUCAAAUAUCUCUUACUCUUUCCAGUAUUAACGAAAAAAAAACUGUAAUCUUAACCGUUCGUUUUUAGAACAUUUUGACCAAAAAAACGUAAAACAUAUGAGACACAUAGAUUUCAUAGUUUUUUCUCACUCUUGAAACUUCAGCAUUUCGAAGCUAGCCUUUCAUAAUAGAAUCAUCAACGUUUAGGAAAAAUAUACCUUCAUCAUUUCACUUCGUAUCCAAAAAUUAAUAACAAAAAACAUGUUUUUAAACAAUUAGUAAGUCCUACUUUUUAAACUGAUAGAUAGCCCUUUCAGCAAGUAAAUCAUGUAAGGCAAAACCAAUAAUAAUGAAAUGAGACAAAAUAACAAAUAAAAUAUAUUGAAAGCUAAUCUAAUGACGUGGCUGUAAAAAGUUAUAGCUUUUAAUUAUUGACAAUUGUGAAACGUAUUGAAAAACAUAAUAUAUUAAAACAAUCUCACUAAUUUAUAGCAAAAAAAAAAACAAAAAUAAAUAUUACUCGUAAAUGGUAAAACGAAAGAAGUUGCCGACGAUGGUUUUCUGUUGUGGAACAAUGAGAAAUGAAAAUUCAUUAAAGUCUACUACAGAAAACGUGCGAAAAAAAAGAAUGCGUAUAGAAGAAAUAAAGAGGAAAAACAACAUGACACGAUAAAUCGUAAAUUUAGUUGGUAACACAUAUUGUUGUAAUUUAUGCCUAUAUGUAAUGUGUAAUUAUUAUGUACUAUUUUUCGCUUCUUUUAGUUAUCCCCAAACAUACACACGAGACAAGUUAGUGAUUUUUUGAGUAAGGUAACUAUUAUUAUCAUCCCUCGUCCUGCCCCAAUUAGAAUUAUAGAAAGAGAAAAAAAAACUAAGAGAAGAGCGAAAAACUAAGCCGAGAUAAGGAGCAAUAGUUUUUUUUUAAUUCAUUUUCCUAGGUUAAUCAAUCAUUAUAAGUGUGAGCAGAUUCAUCACAACAAACAUAGAGUUUAGAAACCUACACAAAACACAAUUUGCAAUUAAUUUUAACAGAGACUCUAGUUUGGUACCAAAAGGUACGGUACGAAGAAACCAGCCGAUGGAUUCCCCCUCCCAGAUAAGUGCAGCUUUAUCUUUCGAUUUUGUAUAAAAUCAAAUACUCAGCUCAAUACAAAACUUAUUCAUGACGAAGAAUCAAUCGGAAAUCGGAAUGCAUUUUUUUUGGUCCCCGACCCCAUGUGUCCCCAACAAACUAGGUGGUUAUUAAAACUAUUAAUGGGAAAAUAAUUAUAUUGAACAACAAGCGACAGAAACAAAAUGAAAUCCGCAUUCAGUAACUCCUACUAUACAAACCCACACUUAUACCGACAAAAUGCAAUGUGUAGACACAGACGUGAAAAGCAGAGAAAUGCUAGAAAUAUACAUUCGUCUUUUUGGAUUGUACAAUGAUAAAAA